AUGGAAAUUACUGCAGGACCACAUGGGGACACAAUCUCCAAGGUUUGCUGUGGAAGUCGGUAUAUUCUUACGACUUCCUGGGAUUCGACUGCGGCGCUUUGCAACUAUGACGGCCGCAGCGCUCUAAGAGCCACUUUUGAUGGGCCGGUACUGUCAGGGUGCUUCUCGAGCGACGAGUCUCGCCUUUUCGUUGGAAGCACUGAGAAACGGGUCGCGAUGGUCGAUAUCGAGAGCAGCAAAAUCAGUGGCGUGGGGUCCGUGUUUUCUGCGCCCGUGUCUCAGGUCUGCCCAAAUGCUCCCGGUGGACCAUGGAGUUUAAUCGCGGCUAGUCAAGAUGGGCAUCUACAAACCAUUGAUGCUCGGCAGCCCGGGGGAAUUUCCUACAAAAUUGACCCAAAGGUCGUAUGUGCGGACACAGCGAGUAACACCUUAGUAUUAGGUCUCGAGGAUCGUGGGGUUCAGGUACUAGACUUGCGACAGAUUUCCAAACCGCUGUUCACUCGCAAGCUUAAUCUGGAGCACCCCUUAGCCCAAGUUCGAUGCUCUGUGGACGGCAAGAUAUUCGCAGCCUCCUCUUUGGCGUCGAGAAUUGUUGUUGAGAAAGCUGAGCCCCAGCCUAGCGCUGAGAACUUUUUGUUCAGAGCGCAUCGAGUUGCGACAGACAACGGCUACGACGCGCACGCUGUAUUUGGGUUGGCAUUCCAUCCUCUAGAUAAUAAUAUUCUUGUGACAGGAGGCACUGAUUGCAGUGUUGCAGUGUGGGACCUGAAAAAACGUGAAUGCAUAAACUCCUACUGCAACUUGCUCUACAACGUGUCUGGCCUCGACGUGUCCCCGGCUGGUGAUUCAAUGGCAAUUGCCCUGAGUUCAAUGCCGUAUUUAAGAACCCCAGCCCAAUCCAAGAACUCGAACCCGUCGACCCUGUUGAUCAAAAAAAAUAUCAAGCUCGUGUAG